CCGAGUCCCUAGCCACCCACCCCUCUUUACAACAAUUUCAUUUUACAACACCUAUAUAAGUACUCCAUACUGGAUAGUAGUGAAAUCAUUAUGGGAAUUUUUGGAACUUCUGACCCCGUCAAGCAAACAGAGAAGGCUCUGGCAAAAGAGGCCAAAGCAGAGGAGAAAAACAUUAAGCAGAACGUCAAGAGCCUCAGUCACGCAGAGAAAGCCGAAUCCAAAGCUGCAAAGGCCGAACAAAAGGCUGAAAAGCACCAUCUCAAGGCCUCCAAGUUUGAAGAGAAGACCGCCGGCGUCCUCAAUAAAGCAACCAAUAAACACGAGGAAGCGUACCAUAAAGAGAAUGUCGCUGCUUCGGAAGUCGUCCAGAAGCAACACGCCCAUGGUACCCUAUCCAACGCUGUGGAACAGAAGAAGGCUCAGCUGGAAGCUCUGCAAAAGAAGCAUGAGGUAAACGAACAGUCUCGGGAAUCGAAACUUCACGAGGUAUCGGGUCCGGCGGCCUCUAAUGACAAUAAGGUCGGUGCAGCAAGCCAGCAUCAUCCUUCUAGCCAGGCCGGCUCUCAACCAGCCGGCACUACUGUUGGAGGACAGAACAGUGGUGCUGGUGCUCCUGCCACAAGCGGAGCUGGCGGAAACGUCGGUACAGCUGACUAUCAGCAACAGGGGAAUGGCGCUGGCGGUGCAUUCAGCCAGAGUCAGCAAGGUGUACCUGCAGGUAACCUUGCCGCUCAGAGCGAUAGCUAUGGAGCGGCACAGGGAGUUACUUCGCAGGGGAAUGCCAGUCAGUCCACUGCCAAUGCCAACCGCGGCUAUGGUGGAAUAACCGCAGGCGAUAAUCAAAGGAUGGGCCAAGAAGAGAAAGUGACUGAAGCUGUGCGCCGAAUGUGAGGGAACUAGUAAAUGUAAAUGUCAUCGGAAGGGAGUUCGCAGUCAAUAGUACGCAGUAAAGCAGAGUGAGGAUGUUUUGUUGUAGUCUGGUAAACAGUGUGCAAUAUGGUGUUAAUGUUAUCAUAAUUAAGUCUCC